AUGCCUGCAUUUUCGAAGCUCUAUCUCUUCGUUUACAAUUCCCUUCAGGCCUUUGGAUGGGGAGUUUCUCUCUUUGCAAUUCUGAAUAACUUCUUUUCUACUCACUCACUCAAUGGAGCUUAUGCUUCUGCUGGAGACCUUAUCUACAAUGGCAGCGAUGGCAGAACCAACGAAUGGACCGAGCCAGUAGACCCAGUGGCUUUACCAUGGCCAACUGACAAUGGCUGGUCCAAAGGAGACUGCGGGAUUCAUAGAUGCACCAUCAAAAGCACCACCAGCUAA